CGCGGGCGGACGACGCGCGAGCAGACGACCCCGCCGGCCCACCAUGGCGACGCUGCUGGUGUGCCGUGUGAAUGUUAUCUCGGCUCUCAAGACCUUCUGCAGGACCUAUGGCACUUCUGCGCUUGCAUUUGGAAAAUCACAGUAUGUAGAGAUCCGAGGGGCACAGUUGCAGUCACAGUACCCUAAAGAAGUCAAGAUUGUGGAAGUUGGCCCACGGGAUGGACUACAAAACGAAAAGGCCCUCGUGCCAACAGACGUAAAAAUUGAAUUUAUUAAUAUGCUGUCUCGAGCUGGACACAAGGCUGUAGAGGUGACCAGCUUUGUAUCUCCAAAAUGGGUCCCACAAAUGGCAGAUCACAGCGAAGUGUUAACUGGAAUUAAACGUUUUAGUGGUGUCUCCUAUCCUGUACUGACCCCCAAUCUGAAGGGAUUUCAGGCUGCAGUAGCAGCAGGGUGCGAGGAAGUGGCAAUCUUUGGAGCUGCCUCAGAGACAUUUAGCAAAAAGAAUAUAAAUUGCAGUAUUGCCGAAUCCUUACAAAGAUUUCAAGCUGUUAUGGAUGCUGCAAGGGAGGCUGGGAUUCGUGUAAGGGGUUACGUCUCCUGUGUGUGUGGGUGUCCCUAUGAAGGCCCUGUUGAUCCCAAGGCAGUAGCAAAGGUUGCCUUGGCCAUGUAUGAGAUGGGCUGCUAUGAGAUUUCCCUCGGAGACACCAUUGGCGUUGGGACUCCAGGCAGCAUGAAGAACAUGUUAGAUGAAGUCCUGAAGGUUCUUCCAGCUGAGGUUUUGGCUGUCCACUGCCACGACACAUACGGCCAGGCGCUUCCCAACAUCCUUAUUGCUCUACAGAUGGGCAUCAGUGUUGUAGAUGCUUCUGUUGCUGGACUGGGAGGAUGCCCAUAUGCAAGUGGCGCAUCGGGCAACGUUGCAACGGAAGAUGUUGUCUAUAUGCUCAAUGGCUUGCAAAUUGAAACAGGAGUAGAUCUUGAUAAACUGAUUGAUGCAGGAAAUUUCAUUUGUACUGCUAUUAAGAGGCCAAAUAUGAGCAAAGUGAGUUGUGCCAGAAGUAAAUGUUAGCAAGUGACCCAUCGGUGUUGUUGGCAUCAUAAGUACUGUUUUUUUUUCCCAAGAUUGUGACAAUAUUAUUUAUUUUUGAGAUUAGGGUGUAGAGAAAUAUUGUAGCAAAGCGUGAAUGUCGAAUGUGAAGGGAAUCGAAAGGAAACAUUUAUUUUUUAUAGAUUUUAGGUUUUGUAAUUAGUUUUGUAUUAAAGGAAAAAAGACAGAAAAAAAAAAAAAAAAAAAAAAUUGCAAUCGUUGCAAAUAAAAUGAAGUUGCUGUUGAUUUAUACUAACAAUGAAUGUAUAAAAUACUUCAGAGUUUUUUUGUUUUGUUUUUUAAGAAGGGGUAUAAAUUAUUCCCAUUCUUUGAAAAUAGAAAUAAAAAUAUCUUUAGUCAUUUUCUGAAUGAAAAAUUAGGGUAUAUCUUCAAUUACUUAACCCAUAAUUGACGGGUAGCAUUCAUAGAGGCCGGGGCCUCGCUGCCGGGGGCUUAU